CUGCAAGCUGGCCAGGCUCAUGAGAUGCUUCUAGAAGAAACUGAUUCUGCUCCGCAUGUGCACCGCAUACCCAGCUUCCCAAGCUCUUCUCAAGGAUGUGGGUUCACUCUAGCAUUACAGUGUAAGCUGUCUUCACUAAAUUGUGCCUUUUCCGUCAGGGAGGGAACAUCCCUGCGGAGUUCUGCCCCUUAAUCCUGGGAACCGCUGGCUGAAUCCCCAUUUUCAGCCCAGAGGCUUCCUUCUCCAUUCCCUCCAGGAGCCUAGUAAGCUCUGCACCAAUUCUACACUGCCCCUUCCUUUUUUAAGGGGCGAAAGGCUGAGCACUCCCUUGCAUGGUAAGUGGUCUGUCACUCUGUCCCGCUGUGCAGCCGUGAUUGGCGGGAAGGACAAGUCCUCUGGCCCCGCCCCCGCCUGUGUUUGCCGCGCUUGGUGGGGUUUUUUGCAAAGGUGGAGAGCGAGAUUCCGGCGCUUGGACCUGAUGGAACAGCAUUCCCAAAUUUGACUGCUGUUAUUCGUCCUCCACCAGUGAGUCAGAGCCAAAAGAAGGCUAGUCCUUUCCUGCUGAAAGAGCUCUGGGGAACUGUUGCUCAGGACCUAGGCACUCCUGACGCAUCUUCUCAGUCUCACUCCUUUCUAUGGCUUCGCUGUGAAAUCACACGCACGUUUGUAGCCCUGUGAACCGCUCGGCUCUGUGCUCAGAGGAGGGGUCCAGGAAAACAUCAAGUGUUGGAAAGAGAGGGCUUCAGGGUACUGCGGGAGCUGUCUGAGGUGCUGAAACCUUCCAAGCGUUUGUCUCCACCAGCCCCAGAAGGGGUUAGAUGGCACGUUUUCAUUUCUGCCUUUCUGGUCCCUCAUGCCUUGGAUAAGACUCUUUCCAGGAUCGUGAAUAUCGCUCCGUAUCAUGGCCCACGUGAGACACUUUCGGACACUAGUUUCUGGAUUUUACUUCUGGGAAGCCGCACUGCUACUGAGUUUGGUUGCCACAAAGGAAACAAACAGUGCGAGAUCUCGAAGUGCUCCAAUGUCACCUUCCGAUUUUCUGGACAAGCUGAUGGGGAGGACGUCAGGGUAUGAUGCGAGGAUCCGGCCUAACUUCAAAGGUCCUCCAGUGAAUGUCACAUGCAACAUAUUCAUAAACAGCUUUGGCUCCAUUGCAGAAACGACUAUGGAUUACAGAGUGAAUAUUUUUCUUCGUCAGAAAUGGAAUGAUCCUCGUCUUGCAUACAGUGAAUAUCCUGAUGAUUCAUUGGACCUGGACCCGUCCAUGUUGGAUUCCAUUUGGAAACCAGACUUGUUCUUUGCUAAUGAGAAGGGGGCUAACUUCCAUGAAGUCACUACAGAUAACAAACUGCUAAGAAUUUUCAAAAAUGGAAAUGUCCUUUACUCAAUAAGGUUAACAUUAACACUGUCCUGUCCAAUGGAUCUCAAGAAUUUCCCAAUGGAUGUACAAACAUGUAUAAUGCAACUAGAAAGCUUUGGGUACACAAUGAAUGAUCUCAUUUUUGAAUGGCAAGAUGAGGCACCAGUACAAGUGGCCGAAGGACUCACUUUGCCCCAAUUUCUGUUGAAAGAAGAAAAAGAUUUGCGAUACUGCACUAAACACUACAAUACAGGGAAGUUUACAUGCAUAGAAGUGCGGUUCCAUCUUGAGCGGCAAAUGGGCUACUACUUGAUCCAGAUGUACAUUCCCAGCCUUCUGAUUGUUAUUCUAUCUUGGGUCUCAUUCUGGAUUAACAUGGAUGCAGCCCCAGCUAGGGUAGCUUUGGGCAUCACCACUGUGCUUACUAUGACCACACAGAGUUCUGGAUCCCGGGCUUCCUUACCAAAGGUUUCCUAUGUCAAAGCUAUUGAUAUUUGGAUGGCAGUGUGCCUCCUUUUUGUGUUCUCAGCACUUCUGGAGUAUGCAGCAGUGAAUUUUGUAUCAAGACAACACAAAGAACUUUUGAGAUUUCGACGAAAGAGAAAGAAUAAGACAGAAGCUUUUGCACUGGAGAAGUUUUACCGUUUCUCAGACACGGAAGAUGAGGUGAGGGAGAGCCGGUUCAGCUUCACAGCUUAUGGGAUGGGGCCAUGUCUGCAAGCAAAAGAUGGUGUGCUUCCCAAAGGCCCCAACCACGCUGUCCAGGUCAUGCCAAAGAGCCCUGACGAAAUGAGGAAGGUCUUCAUCGACCGGGCCAAGAAGAUUGACACCAUCUCCCGAGCCUGCUUUCCACUGGCGUUUCUGAUUUUUAACAUUUUCUACUGGGUUAUCUACAAAAUUCUUAGGCAUGAAGACAUUCAUCAGCAGCAGGAUUAAGUCUCUGAAAGCAUUACAAAAACACUGUAGUCAGAAGGGAGUUUCCCUGCCAUCAGAGUGGGUGUGUGUCCGUGUGAUAUGCAAGUGAUAGCCAAGGCAUCAAAACAGCACAUGGGGAAAGAGUUUAUUUUGAUUUUCUAUGUAACAUAAUGGGAAAGAUUGGUUUUUUUAAGGGAUACAAAAUACACAUUGUGGGGUCCUGUUUCAUAUUCCCGCAAGAUGAUCUGUUUCCUCCAUAGUGUCAAUGUAUGUUGUGUAUGUUAUACUAGCACAUACAGUAAAUAGGAUAACUACUUUGGCAUUUCUUGAUUUUUAAUCCAAUUAUAGCAAAUAAUGUGGAAUCAAGAUUUGCACAGUAAAAUUCAUGAAACAAGUAUAACAAAAUGAUGAGGACAAUAAAAAGUAAUAGUUUGAGGUAUAUAGUAUAUUUUAAAGUGAAAGUAACAAAAUCAUUCAGUGGCAAGUUCACUUCAGUUAGAACAUAGGAAUAUUGUAUAAACAACAUACAGUAACAAAAUAUUAAAUUGGAUGAUCAAAAUAAAAGCCACUGUUUAGGAUACUAAAUAUGUCUCUGUGGAAAUUUAAAAUAAACAUCUUAAGUAAUCAUGUUAUAUAAAAAUUCUAUGUAUCUUUGCAUCUCUAAGAAUGAAGAUAAAGAUACUGAAGACAGGCUUUGUAAAUAAGUGUUACAUUCAUUUUUAAUUAGUGCCAAACACUUAAAUUUUUAAGCCAAUACAGUUUUUGUUCUUGUUGUUGUUGUUGUUGUUAAAUUUAAUAGUAGCUUGUCUGGAUGUUUGGUGAUUUCAUGUAAUUAAACAAAAUUCAAUAAGAUUUUUCUAUUUAGUUUAGAAUGAGACUUUAAAUAUUAAUUAUACUAAAGUACUUACAUUUUGAUAUAAACAAAUUCAAGGAAAAGUAAAAAUAGAUUCAUGAAAGAAUUUUAAUCAGAACCAUUUUCUCAUGAAAGUUACAUGCGCAGCAAAUACCAUGGGUUUUAGUCCUAAAUGAGUGAAACGGAUCAACUGUAUCCAGGGAGAUUGCUUUAAUCUUUAUGGGUUAAUGAAUUCAAAAUGUAGUCAUUCACAAGUUGUGAGGAAUUUAAAAACAAUUUUGCUUGGAAUUUAUCCUUGGCCCAUGGCAUUAUCUCAGCUGCCAUGCCCUAGUCUUUCAGUCCCACAGCAGUUACUAGGAGAAAGUGUGUAACAGAAUUCUUGGCAAAAUUAAUCCAAGCUCUGAUUCAUUUACUCAUUUUCUUAAUUAUGACUGCCAUUCAUAUCAUAUUUGAAAAACUUUUAGAGUAAUUUUAGAUAUUUUAAUUAUUGAUUAGUCUAUAACAUUAUAUAAAGUGAAAACAUCAAGAAUUUUAAAAAAAUCUCAGAUGUGUUGUAGAAAAAUCAACUAUUUUUUAACCAAAUGGUACUAUUUUCUGACCUUCAACCACUCAGAAAACUCAAAGCAGAAACUGCCAUCUAAAACUAAAAACUUUUCAAUGUCUCUGUAGUUUGAUGAACCCAAUAAUAGAUUUUAAAAUUAACUAUUUUUAAAAAAAAAAAUCAUGCUAAGCAGUGUUUGCUAGUAAAAGGCAAAAUAUCGCUUUUAUAAGUAAUUUACACAAGGUAAGAACAUUGUGUUUGUGAUUAUAUGCAGUCAACAAGUAAAAUAGUUUGUUAUUGUGUGCUUCCUUUGCUUAAAAAAUACACAUCUAAAAGUUAAACAUACAUAUCAUUCUUUGCCAUCUAUGACCCAAAACCAUGGAAAUAUAUUCAUGUAUUAAAUAUUAGAACAAGAUAUGUUGUUUAUGCUGCGAGUUAGCCAGAGGGUUUGAAGUAAUGAUGAACUACACCCCUUCAAUGUUGGCAAAAUGUUUGCUUACAUUUUUCUGUGCUUUAUAUAUCUUAUUUCAAAAGUUUUCUGACAUUACUUAAAUUGAAUAAAUCCUGCCAGAAGCAAACAGAAAAAAAUAAUGAUCACAAACACUCAUAUGCCCCAAGGAAAGCCACAGGUGUGACUAGCCAUCAUAUUUGAGGUCAUUAAAUGUCUGGGUUUUUUUUUAUCUCUAAAGUUGGAAGGUAAUAUAUGAACCAUGAGAAAAUUUGUUGAGAAUGACAUUAGUUCUAUAAAAAUAUUGCUAUCUCAAAAGUACAUAUUCUUUAUCUUUCCUUAUAAAUAAUUCUUCUUUCUAUUACACUUACCCUGUCUUCCAACACAAACACUGAAAACAGCCUUCUCUUAUGAGGUAAUCCUUACAAGGCAAACAGGAAUGAAUCAAAGGGGCUUAAAGGAAUUUGUACCCUGUAAUGAACCAAUGAGAUAUUACAGAACUUUUACAACUGGAAUAAUAACAACAUCCUGAAGUAUUUGCCUCCAAAGGCCUCUGUCAAAUGAGAUUUUUUUUCCCUUAGUACUGAGGAUUGGAAGCAGAGGCUGUCAAAUGUUAAGGAAAAAAUUACUAAGCCCCAACGCGAGCCCAAAGACAGAAUCUUUUAAAUGAAAAUCAGAAAAAUAUCAAUGGUAAGAAAUAAUAUAAAUACCAUAUACACUAACUGCCAUUCACUUAAGAUGGAACUCCAGUGCAAACUCUCUAAAAUACUCUGAAUUAGCCAUAAUUCAUAUUCAUAUAUUAGAAGCUAUGAGGAAAGGUUGUACAUGAUGUUUAUUUUAUUUAAUAUUAAAAUGUAUGCAUUUUAACUUGAAAUAUUUGGUUCCACAGUACAUGUAUAUGUAAUCUGUUUUCUUUUUAGUGUAGAUAUACACAACUUUUUUUUUCUUUUUUUUUUUCUUCCGGGGUCUAGCCUCGGCUCAGGAUCAGGUCCUAAGAAGGGGUGUUGGUGCAAGGAAAAAUUUUGACAUCCGGGUGAUUUGCCCUCAAGUGACCCUGAAAAGCUUGAGCCAUCUUUAAUUAUUCUUCGACAGAGUGUUUUUCUACCAGACUUACAUGAACAGCUUUGUAAUUGGCUCCAAUUUUUGACUUUUAGGAAACACACCAUGUUUUACAAAAUACAUUAUAAUCAUUAUAAAACCCGCCAUUGUUCUCUUUUAUGCUUCCCCAAAUAUACCUCCUCACCCCUACAUAACCUUUUUCUAGACAUAGAGUUCAGCAUUUUUGCAGGCUUAACUAAAUAUCAAGCCAGACACAUUCUGUUCUCACAGCACUUCUGUCAGAUACUUGUGGUUACAAAGUUAAAAAGUGGUGGACAUGGGUACAAUGCUUUAAGGACAGCAAUACUCAAACCCAAACAAUCUUUUAUGCCUGAAAGAUAUGUUUUUGUGCAGAUUCCUUUUCUAUAGGAGGGUCCCAUAUCUCAAUCUCUCUACAAAAGGUAGACUUUGAUAAGGCACUGUGCCCAUCCUACCAUAUUUGCUUCUUCCACCAAUAUAAACUCCUAUGUAUAGUAAAGAAGGAUCCAUUCAUCCCCCAUUUUGCAUUGUAUUUUUUCCUCUUGUAGCAUACCAGAUCCUACCAAUGAUUCUAUGCUUGGUAUAUAGGGAACUUACUCUCAACAGUUGACACUAUGAAUAUUCCUGAGGCAUUUUUCCUACUUUGUGUAUACAUGCCUUACUCUUCUUUCCAGAACUGUAAGACAUGGUUAAUAUUCCAAGUGUUGUUUUUUCAUAUGUACCUAUUACUUCCUGCCACUACAGUUCUAUGAGUCUUCUUCUCCACAUGGUGUUCCUAUCUACCUUUUCCUUAGAAGAAGUAUUAAAAGCAAGAUCCGUUAAUUGUAACUGCCUCUAUUGAAUCAAAGGGGUUCCCAGGAUUAGGAGUUGUAAUUAGUAAUUCCAGAUUUUAAAAAAAAAUUAAAAGUGUCAGCCUCUUGCUGAUACUAAGAAAAAAUUCUAAAAACAAACAAACAAAAAAAACCAAAACAGAAUAUCCAGUGGAAAUGACAGCUACUGUGUGCAUGAUUAACAAAGUAAAACUAAAAAUCACCAAAGGAAUCAACAAUGUGAUAAGAGAAAAAAGAGCCUACAAGCUGCAUAAACUCAACAAAGCCCUGUGUUUGCCUCGUGAAGAUCCACUGGACAGGCAUGCAUAUGCCGAUCAAGACUAGGCUUCAUGGCUUCUGACACUUUCCCAGUCACUACAAGAUCUAGAUCUUUCUUUAUGACUUAUGGUAGCUAUCAGAACCACUGCAGAAAUGGGACAGAGAUGUUUAACUCCAUUUCUAUUCUCUCCAAAAGUUUUUCCAUAACACAUACCCAAAAAGCUAAUCCAGCUCUCAGCUGUGCUACACACAGAGAGUAUCAUGAAUGGCUUAAAUAUUUACCUUAUGCCAUAAUGAAUUCUUAUUGUAUGGAUAUAGUCUAAUAAACUUAAUUUUAAACUUUGAAUUAUAAAUGCAUGAGAAUCCAUAUAUACCUAUUACAUGAUCACAUGCAUUGAUUUUAUGAAUAUCCAGUAUCUAUAUAAGAUAUUGGAAGUUAUGAAAAUUGUAAAAAGUAAACUAUAUUCUUGACAGAAGGUGGUGAGUUCUUAGCUACUCUAAUAAUUUUGUAACUAAACAGACUAUUUGGAUAUAAUUAGGUGUAUCUUUCAUGUAGUUUUAAAAUUUACAUUCAUCUCAUUUUCUGAAAUCAUCGUCUUCUAUUCUCAUUGUGAUAUAACUUAACUGCUAGUUAAUUGGAAGAAUAGAAUAUAGUCACUAAAUUUCCUUUUAUUUAUAAAAUGUACACUCCAUGAAACUGACCUAUGAGAAUAUGAGAGGUAAGAAAAGUAAAAUAAGAAAUAUGUUUAGGGCUGGAGAGAUGGCUCAGAGGUUAAGAGCACUGACUGCUCUUCCAGAGGUCCUGAGUUCAAUUCCCAGCAACCACAUGGUGGCUCACAACCAUCUGUAAUGAGAUCUGGUGCCCUCUUCUGACCUGUAGUCAUACAUGCUGUAUACAAAAUAAAUAAAUAAAUCUUUUUAAAAAAAAAGAAAUAUGUUUAAUAUCAAAAUUUUGAAAAUGGAAGCACUCCAAUGCAAUCCACUCCAAAAUAGAUUUCACACAUUUUACAGCGUAUACAACAUCAUAAACUCUUUAAAUUAGUAGCAUAUGCUCUGUCUUUCUCAGACAAAUUGGUCAGUAUUUAUUGAUACUAAAAAGACAAAGACAAUAAGACAGUGGACAUUUUGAUCAGCAUAUUAGGAACACAUUAGUAUGAUUUCUAACCAUGUGGCAAUUUAAUUUGACAAUCAACCCAAGGCAAUUAUAGUCAGUGAAAGUACAACCUAUAAACAUAAGAAGUAUUUUACCACAGUGAGGAGAUUGUUAUAGUAGUGAUUAAAAGAACUUUUAUCUCAUCUUUGAAAUUGCAAGGCUCUUUUAAUUAAUACCUACCAAUCGAGCACAGUUAUAACAUAUAUUCCUGGCCUGUUAAUUUGUAUUCAUUUUUAACAAGAUGGUUCUGAUUGUAUUGCCUAUUGACUUUAAGGCUGAGCAACAAGCUGCUUUAGAGGUAUCAAUCCUUUUUGUUCUGUGGCUUUGAGGAGACUGUAAACUUGCAGUAAAUUGCUGGCUUUGGGGCAUUUGGGGGAAAGAAUGUAGUUAUCAAAACUGCACAAUAUUUUAAAUGUCAAAUUUGAAGUCCUAUAAAACUGGACCCAAGAUUGUCUAGCCUGCACCAAUAAAUCCAUAGAAGUUCCCAAGUGUUUUUCAAAUAAUUUUAAGAAGACCAUCUUAGCUGAAUGUAUGUGAAAAAUGAAUGGGUAGUGGAAAGUAUUGACACAAAGUUUAGAAUUCUAUGAAAGACUUACAUGUUGAAUAUAACAACUGAGUCAUAUUCUCAUCAAUGCCUUCAGAAUUCAUUACUGCAUUUUCUUUGGGGUCUUACAAUUCUAUCAAUAACACUACAUUACUUCCCUUAGGAAUGUGGCUCAAUGGAAGAGUGCUUGCCUGGCACCUAUAAGAUCCAGGGUUCAAUCCAACACUACUGAUCAUAAUAAUACACUGUUUAGACUGUCUCCUAGCUCUCAUAUAUAGAGAGAGGGCAGCAGCCUCUUCCAUUGUAGCGUAAUCUGUGUAAGCAAAGAUUAGCUGUAAUCCCAAAAUGAUGUUUCCUUUCUUAGAGGGAAAUUCCACUUCAUUCCAAUUAGAGUUCACUGUACAGUUCCUAAUACCCACUGCCACUGUUUUUGACCAUUCAAUAUCCUAUUACUAUUAAUUCAUUUAAGAAAUUCACUGCAACACUUUGUCAAAUAGUAAGAUGUAUUCAGUCUUGCAAAAUAGUGAAUUAUUAAAUUGUUUAUUUAGUAAAAAAAAAAUUGGCAAAAGUUCUAUGUAAAUUAUUUGCAGUAACUUAGUCUCUACCUCCAAGUUAGCAAUUAUUUUAAAUUAAUAAUGUAUGAAAUAUAUUUCAGAUAUAAAGAUAUGUAAAAUCCUGGAAAGAAAUACAAUUUAAAAAAAACUAUGAAGUAAACAUAAUGAUUUUUAUUUAGAAUAAAGGAGUAAUUAAAAUAUAAUGAUCAAUUACGUUUUUAUUUUAAGCAAAAAUAUCUUCAGAGAAUACCAGUUCCACACAGAGUGUCUAUCCAAGCUUGUUAAUGUACUGGAGGGGUAAGGAACUCUGAAUUAAAUGCCAAAAAAGGAUUCAGAUGUAAAACUGUACUUGAACUUGUUUGAAUAAUUUUGCAUUUCUCUACUGUUUCAUCUUUAUGAAUUAUGCAAAGGCUUUUCCUUAAGCUUACAUUUAAAUGUAUGAUGAGUGAUGAUACUUGGGAAAAAAAGUGGUGAAGCAUCUUGACAUUUUAGGGUUAUUAUGGAAUGUAGUGUGGGAAACAAAAUAAAAAGAAAUCAUGUCAUAUAUUUUUUGAUGAAAUCUCUUUACACGAUGUGUAGUGACUUCAUAAUAUUAGUGAGAAAAAUAUUCUAAAAGACUAUUCCACAGAAAAGUAUUGCUAUUUUAUUAUGCUAAUUAUUUUUCUGUACAUCCAAAGUGUAUCUUCCUGAGUGGGACACUUGAGUCUGUUGUUCUGUCUAGAUUGAUGUCACAUUUUUCAGGGCAUUGAGCUUUAAAUGUAUUAAAAUGUGAUGCACGGUUUUACCAAGUUGCUUUUUGUUAUAUUACAUUUAGUUUUAUUUUGCAGCCAACAAACUCUCUAAUCAAUCAUUAACCUAUGAACCAUAUAUGGUCUUCCUCAUGUAACUGCAGAUAAUUUAAUAAAAAUUAUAAUAAAAACGAAUGUUUUUUAA